ACACGAAAAGCUCACCACGACCAGCUAAUAAGCCCUUCACCCGCCCUCCAAGUACCACCUCCAAUCCAUCUCCUUCGCAUACGCGACAACCCCUUCCACAAUCAGACACAAUGGUCCAAACCCCUCAACAACGCAAAGCGAACAUCGCCUUCGCCCGUACCCAAGAGAAGAAAAUGGGCCGCGCACCGAGCGAUACUCCCGUCGUGGCCAAAAAGGAGAAGGUCCAAAAAGCGCCGAUUAGUGCCGGGUGGUUGUAUCUUCUCCUCUUCGUCGUCUGCGGAGGUCUGGUGUUCGAGCUCGUACGGUUGAUCCUAUCCGGUGCUGGAGGUCUGUUCUAGACAACCGGACAGGGAGCGCGAAACUUUACGGGAGGGACACAUUUCUUUCUGAAUGCAUGGGAGCGGACGGGACUGGAAGAAGCAUCGCGAUUUCGAUACGGCAUUUCUGGUUGCGAACAAUGGGUGAAGGAGCUGAGGCCUGGUAGCUGGAAGCGAGAGAGCCAAUAGGAGAGGAUAAAAGCCGUGAGUUGAUGGUUUGCGGAGGCAGGCAGUGCGUGCCGGCAUUGGAAAGGGGAAUGC